AGAUCUGUCGGAGUCAAAGAUGAAUUGUGCAGGAACUCUAUGAUGUAUCACCGUAUGCUACAAAACCUUUAAUGCAAAACUGACACUAUGCUAAAAAAUAACACUAAGGGGUCGUUUGGAAGUUGCGAUUGUUUUGUUGAGAUUGUCAUUAUACAUGUAUUGUUUACAAUGCAUCGUUUUUUGUUUUUUGUUUUUUGUCUUUUAGCAGAAACAAUACAUGGAUUGUUUCUAUCAAGGUUGUCAAACCGGUUUAUACCGUUGUGCCGGUUUAGAAAGUGGAAUGGUACGACCGGUGGUAUAACCAGUUUGUGCCGGUUCACGCCGGUUUAAAAAAUGUGAAAACAAUUGAUAUCUCAUGUAUUUAAUCAUAUAUAAAACAUAUUUGUGGACAAUUUAGUUCUAAUCCAACAAAUAUCAUCAACUUUUAACUAUCACAUUCAUAAAAUGAAUAAUAAAUUAUUUUUUAUUCAUUAAACUCAUUAAAAUGAUGUCAUUUUACUUAGAAUGCGUAAGUCGAUCAUACCGGCCAUACCGGUGGUGUCAUGCCGGUUUCAUGACCGGCACAGGUUGAACCAGGUUCAACCGGGUGGCAUGCCACCGGCAUGACAACCACUUUCUAUGAUGUGACAGAAACUAUCACUCAUUUUGAGUGAUUGUUAUAUCUCAACUUUUAGUUGUGAUUGUUGAGAUAGUUGAGUUGAGAUUGUUUUGUCUCAGCUUUUAGCUGAUGCAACAUACACAAUCAUACAUACCAAUACCAAACGUUGUAUUCUACAAUGCAUCAAAUUCGACAAUACAUGUAUAAUAUUAUACAUGCAUUCUCAACAAUACAUCUAUUUAACAAAUCGCAACUUUCAAACAAACCCUAAUAUUAACAAUUAAUAAUGGUAAAUACUGACGAUUGAGGAUUCGUCAUAUGAGGAAAGGCCAAACUUUUGCUUUGUGGAUAUAAUAAUAAUAAUCAAAACCGGCGGGAGGAAUUGAUUGGGCCGCCGAUCUUUGUCUAUAAAUCGUCUUCCUCAUUUCCUCAGUCUCUCAAGUUUACUCAUCUAUUAUCAAUCGUUCAUCCAUAGCUAACCCCGUCAUCUAGCACGAUCGGAUUCCUUUUUUCCUCUCUUUUCUUGCUCCAGCGCAUUUAAGCAAGGAAAAAACCUCCCCUGCAGUCACCUUUGCUGAUAAUAAGAAAGGAAGAGGAAGCUAAAGACCACAAAAGACCGAAAAAAAUGUGGAUUUUUGGGUGGAAAGGGCAAUCUGGUUUCUCAGCUCGCUCCACUGCUGAAGAAGUUACCGAAGGAAUUGAUGCAGCUGGCCUCACCGCCAUUGUUACAGGAGCUACGAGUGGAAUUGGAGUGGACACAACAAGGGUUUUGGCUCUGCGGGGCGCCCAUGUGGUUAUGGCGGUGAGAAACGUGGAAGCUGGCAAGAAGCUCAAAGAGUCCAUCCUAAAAGAAAUCCCUAGUGCCAAGAUAGAUGUUAUUCAGUUGGAGCUCAGUUCCAUGGCUUCCGUCAGGAAGUUCGCCACUGAAUACAUCGAUUCUUGCCUUCCUCUCAACAUCCUCAUUAACAAUGCAGGAAUCAUGGCACCACCUUUCUCGCUUUCUCCCGACGGCAUAGAGUUGCAGUUUGCUACCAACCAUGUUGGACAUUUUCUGUUGACCCAUCUGUUGCUGGACACAAUGAAGAAGACGGCUCGUGAGAGCAAUCGCGAAGGGAGGAUCGUGAUUGUUUCGUCAGAUGGCCAUAAAUUCGCAUACAGUGAAGGCAUUCGAUUCGACAAGAUCAACAACGAAGCAGAAUACAACUGCUACCGGGCUUAUGGACAGUCUAAGGUAGCUAACAUCCUCCACGCCAAGGAACUCGCUAGGCGCCUUAAGGAAGAAGGGGUGAACAUAAUGGCUAAUUCACUUCACCCUGGUGAGAUCGCUACUAAUCUUGGACGCAACAAUGGUCUUCUUAAUGCCAUCUCCAACAGCUUUAUCAAGUACCUCCUCAAAACUUCAAGCCAGGGAGCUGCAACUCAAAUAUACGUGGCUCUGCAUCCACAAGUGAAAGGGGUGUCAGGAGAAUUCUUCAAGAACAGCAACAUAUCUGAAACUGGAACUGCUCCUGCUCAAGAUGAAGAGUUGGCUAAACAGCUCUGGGAUUUCAGCAUGAAGUUGAUCAAUACCUAGUGGAUCAAUUAUGUUGAUUGCCGUAGCGGUUUAGUUAGGUGCAUAAGAGUAUGUGCUCUGCCAAGGAGGGAAAAAUUAAUGUAACUUAAGGUGGUUUGAUUUGUUUAGGGUGUUGUGAAAGAUGAAGUAACAAAAGGGAAGAGCUUGCAAGUUUGCUGCUAUAAGAGUUUUCAUUUAUGAUUAAUAUACUUUUUUUCGUUUUUGAACAAAUUACACGAAUGAUAGAAAAAACCAGACAAAAAAUC